CCGGGGGUGCGCGGAGGCGCCUCCCGGCGGCCCCGCUCCGCCGGUUGCUAUGGUGCCGCGGCCCGGCGUGCUGUGGGCAGUGGUGGCCGCGGCGCUAGCGCUGCUGGCCCGGCGGGCCGCGGCGGCGCUGGCGGGGCCGGUGGUUCGCUGCGAGCCCUGCGACGAGCGGGCGUUGCAGCAGUGCAAGCCCCUGCAGCCCGACUGCGCCGAGAAGGUGCGGGAGCCCGGCUGCGGUUGCUGCCUCACCUGCGCCCUGCGCCCGGGGCAGCAUUGCGGCGUGUACACGGAGCGCUGCGGCGCCGGCCUCAGCUGCCAGCCGCGCCGGGAGGAGGCGCGGCCGCUACAGGCUCUGCUGGAGGGCCGCGGGCUCUGCACCAACGCCACGGCGGGCGGCAGUCUGCGGGCCUUACUCCUGCCGGGGCCGCACACUGCAGGAAAUUUCAGUGAUUCAGAAGACAACGACCAGAGUACCAGCAGCACAGAAAAUCAGGCCAUCCCAAACUCUCACAGGGUGCCAGAUUCCAGAUCGCAUACACCACACAUCAAAAUAGAUAUAAUCAGAAAAGUGCAAGCCAAAAAUACUCAGCGUUAUAAAGUGGAAUAUGAUUCUCAGAAUACGGAUACACUGAAUUUGUCUUCUGAAUCCAAACAAGAGACUGAAUAUGGUCCCUGUCGUAGAGAAAUGGAAGACACUUUAAGCCAUCUAAAGAUCCUGAAUGUCUUGAGUCCCAGGGGCUUUCAUAUUCCAAAUUGUGACAAGAAGGGAUUUUACAAGAAAAAGCAAUGUCGCUCAUCCAAAGGCCGAAAGAGAGGUUACUGCUGGUGUGUGGAUAAAUACGGACAGCCACUCCCUGGGUAUGAAGGGAAGGGAAAAGAAGAUGUCCACUGCUAUAACCUGGAAAGCAAAUGAGGGCUGGGUGCCAUUUCUUCUGGCACCUUGGAGGGGCUGGGCAAACACUGUGGAAUGCAUUGCACGUGGAGUUAUGAGCUCUGCCUCCUGCUGAAGAUGGGGGGUUGCAGCGUCUGCGGAUGCUGCUGCAGCUGCACUGCCACCUGCAUGGGUUGGGCUCCCACAGGAGAUGUAGGGAGCUCUGAAUUCCCAUGUAAACCUGCACUAUUGAUACCCAGAGAGAGAGGAAAACAAAAGGCACUUCACAAUGGAUUCAGGGAAUCUCCACUGACAUUUUAAAGAGUGACUUGUGACUAAUUUGAUCCCAAAAGAUCCUGGGUCUUCAUUUUAAAGAAUUUAUCAGUUUUAAGCUUGUAAAAGUUUUGAAGCAAAACAAAACAAAACAGAACCCCAGGUUUAAAGGUUAAGCUUUUUUUUUACAGGUAUGAAAGGAAACCUAU